UGGGGUUAUAUUUCAAAGUAUCAUCAUUAUGUUUUCCUUCUCUGCUCAACGCUACUGGGAUUUCAGUUAAAAAUGCUCCUUUUCACCUUAGUUGGUGGCACUCUGAGUCUUAAAGCAGAUGUGUGUCACAAAAUGUUGACAGAGGACUUAGUGUGGAAGAGAACCUUGAAGCUUCGAGCCCCAGAAACACAGCAUUCAAAUCUGGCACGAUGUUUUUCUGGUUAUAACAACAGUGACACAGAAACAGGCUUAUAAUGAGUCUUACCAUGAAACUAAUUUCAGAUGCAUUUGUAAGAAAAAUUAUUAAAGGGAAUAAAAGGUUUGACUUCAGUGUUGGAGUAACUGGAGAAGAGUCUAGGUCAAGUAGGCAGGAGAGGUACACUGUAUACACAGGGAUACUCUGCCUUUCUCACAUAAUUGCAUUUUUCAGCCAUUUCCAAUUCACUAAGAAACACAUAGUGCAAAACAAAAAAUAUAUACAUCAAUGCAGUGUUUUUCUCUACACAUACACCACAUCAUAAAUCAACAGCCUGUCACAGGGACACAAAAGAACAAGGCCUGCUUUAUGAUCAGCAUUUGUGUAUCUUAUCCCCAGUUUUACAGGUAGCAGGACUCGAGAGUCUGCAUGUAGUAGGUAAUUUGUGGAAUCUCGAACAGUAAACAUAUAAGAAUUUUGAAGACAAACACUUGUCCGGUAAAAGAAAGGACGUGAACUGCCUCAGAUUUCAGUCAGCAGAGAAUCACCUCUGCAGUUUCCUGUGGGCAGGUUUGAAAUUGCAGAGAUGCCCAAGACUGGCAUUUUAUAAGAUACUCUAAAACCAUAUUUUACAUAUUUUAUUUCUAUAGAGCUGUCAUGAACCUCAGAGAACAAACAUUUCCCAGACCUUCAAACAUGUUCCAGCAUUGUUUUACAGGGUCUGGAUAGACAGAAGAGCAAGCCUGAAAUACAAGUGACUGCCUUGAUAGCCUCAUGCCUAUCAGCAUAGGGCUGAAGUGGGGACUUGGCUGUAAACUUGCUAAUCUUCUGUAGAAAACGAGGGAAAGGCGAGUGAAAUUAUGAACUCGCUGAUACACCAGAACAGGAAUUAUCCAGAAAGCAUAAGGUGUUUCACUUGAGAGAAGCCUGGAAAAUUGGCCGACACUGAGUGCUGAAGGGAGAUGACAAAAUAUAACCUGCUUCUUUUGAGAAAGCUGUUAAAUGUGAGCAAUGUGCCGUUUGCUGUAAGUUUCCACAGCCCAACUGCAAAGUGGACAUGCUGACAAGCACAGAAAGGCCUUCGUCAAAGAUGUGCUACCACCUGAACUACCAACCGGGAAAGGUUUUAUCCGGAAUCACCGGCACAGCCCCAGGAUCUCCAAGCAGGCCGGCUCGGUGGCGGUCCUGUCUCUUUCCCUUGGCCCUCUCCUUCCCCUCCAGCCUUCUGCAUAAGUACGCAGAGCACAGGCUGGCUCCAUUCCCCCAGGAUAUGUGUGCUUGCCGGCACCCUGCGGCAGGGCGGUUAUCUGUCCCACGUUCGUGCCUCCCGCCCGGUAGAGCUGUUGUCCCCGUGUCCCCUCGGAGCUCCCUGCACGGCCUCCCGCAAUGGCAGGCAGCUGUGGAGCCGGCCAAGCCGCCGCCCAACGCGGGCGGGCAGCGGCCGGGCUGCGCAGCGGCCGGGACGGCGCGGAGGGGCAGGAAUCCCAAGCAUCUGGACUGCCUGAGUACGUAAAGAUUGUAGAAGUUGGGCCGAGGGAUGGAUUACAAAAUGAAAAGGUGAUUGUCCCAACUGAUACCAAAAUAGAGUUAAUCAACCGGCUUUCUAAAACAGGCCUGCCUGCAAUAGAAGUGACUAGUUUCGUUUCAUCCAAAUGGGUGCCUCAGAUGGCAGAUCACAAAGAAGUAAUGAGAGGCAUUGAGCGGCAUCCUGGAGUCCAGUAUCCCGUUCUCACGCCUAAUCUCAAAGGUUUUCAUUCAGCUAUUGCAGCAGGGGCUACAGAGGUCUCAGUAUUUGGUGCAGCGUCUGAAUCUUUUAGCAAAAUGAAUAUUAAUUGCUCUAUUGAAGAAAGCAUAGAAAAAUUUGAAGAAGUUGCUAAGUCAGCAAGAAAUAUGAAUAUUCCAGUGCGUGGGUAUGUGUCUUGUGCAUUGGGAUGCCCAUAUGAAGGAGACAUCAUACCAGCUAAAGUGGCAGAAGUGUCUAAACGUCUGUACAGUAUGGGCUGUUAUGAAAUCUCUCUAGGGGACACAAUUGGUGUGGGGACUCCUGGAAGUAUGAAAAGAAUGUUGGAAGCUGUUAUGAAGGAAAUUCCUCUAAGUGCCCUUGCUGUUCACUGCCAUGAUACAUAUGGGCAGGCACUAGCCAAUAUCCUCACAGCCAUACAGAUGGGAGUUGCCGUAGUGGAUUCAUCUGUUGCAGGUUUGGGUGGUUGUCCCUAUGCAAAAGGUGCUACUGGAAAUGUGGCCACAGAGGAUGUGAUAUACAUGCUUAAUGGUCUGGGGAUCAAUACAGGAGUAAAUCUUUAUACAGUGAUGGAAGCUGGAAACUUCAUCUGUACGGCUUUGAACAAGAAAACAAACUCAAAGGUUGCACAAGCUUCCUUCAGUACUGGAUCUAUCAAGUAAAUGGAUUUUAUUUGCAGAUUAAUUACAAUUGUGGUCUACCUGGACCAAGGACAUAUAUAUGAAGAAAACAAAGAUGAGAAAAUCAUUUCAGCAAAGAACUAAAAUAGAACCCAGAUAUAACUUUUUGUUAUGGAAAGAAUUUCCAUACUGUAGUGUCUUGUUGAAAAAUGUCAUAUUUAUAAGUAUGAAAUAGAUGACUGUCAUGAAGAACACUGUGCUUGGUACUUAUAGGGGUGAGAAAAAUGUAUAAACAGCAGGCCUUUUUACCAUCCUUCAAGUUGAAUUUUGGUUUUGGGGUUUUUUUUUUUGGUUAAACUGAUUGGAAACAGUGAAUACAUAGUUAAUUUUUAGUCAGGAUGACUUUUAGAACAGUACAAAUAUUUGCAGUACUUUAUGAGAUCCCACAUUGUGUGUGGCCAUUCUGUUUGGUGUUUUAUUUAUCUGAAUCUAUAUUUUUCAUUUGUCAACUCAGUUCUGUUAUGAGCACAGAGCCAAAUCUGAAUUCACCAUAAGAAAUUUUUAGCAAUAGCACUUUUGUUAUUUUGUUUUGUUUAACAUCUGUUAAGUAUACGGAUGACUUUAUCUUGUUCCAAGAGUUUAUGGUUAAUGGCAGCCUUCCAGAUCCUCCAAAUCUAAUGCAAAUUUUCUUAUUUAUUACGUGUGUUAAAUUUGUUGUAGUUGCUUUUUUUCGUCAACUGUAUGAAACCUAUAUGAAGCAAUUAAAAAUUGGCAAGGUUUUCAACCAUCAUUCAGGGGAGUAGUGAUAUAGAAGGGGCAAAAAUUUUGUGCAAGGUCUCAUUGGACAAUUUGACUUUUGUAGUCUAUGAGUUGACGUUUUCCAUUAAUUUUUGAGGAUAGUAUUACUCAGUUGGACUAGCUUACACAGAGAGAAGCAUCUAUAAUAUUUCUCUGUGUUCCUGUGAUGGUCAUACUUUACUUUUAGAUGUCUUAGUUGAGCAAGAUGCUGGUGAACUGAGCUGUCAUUUUUAGAUCCAUAACUGACAUAGGCAAAGAAAAGCCUUAUCAUAUCUAUAAACUGUUCAAAUGCUCCAUGAAAAUAUUGUCAUUUUUCAAUCUGAAACAUCAGUACUGUUAUUGAUUUUGUGUAGGUUAUUUCCAGAAUUCUCUGUGUGCUUAACUUUGAUAGAUGUAUUUUUUUUUAUGAAAAAUAAUCUGAUAACAUGAUAGUCCAAAACUCUGGACUGUGAUCUUUUUCCAUAUUCUCUGUUUUCCUUCAAAAAAUGGAAGCUUGGAAAAAGGUAAGAUGAAAGAAAGUGAAAGAUAGUAUAUAAAGAAGGAAAAGGCUGAAUCAUUUUUGUGUGGAGCUCAAAUCUGCCAAGUUAAGGCUGAAUCUUAGCUUGCCUUUGAAAUUCUCAAGUGAACCUUUUUUGAUAUAUUUUAGCCACUAGUGGAUUUCAGAAUUGGCACAGCUUAACAAAAUCAAACUUGGUAUGCCAUGUAACUCAAAGAGAGCAAUUUAAUAUAAUCCUUUUAUCUUAUUUAUGCUGUAGUGAUAGUCAAAACCAAUAUAAGCUGUGUUGUUUCACUCUUCUCACGGUAAGAAUCAAAGAAUAAGCAAAGAAAUCUGUGUAGGUGAGGCAGAAUUUAUCUUGCCUAUCAAUCCAAAAUACUAAAUUGCACCCUUUCUUAUGGCAUCGAGUAGAAAGACUCGCAAGAACCCUUAAAUACAUGGAGUCCCUGAUUUGCUUGAUCUGCUCUUGAUGCAUAGUUGAAUCACCACAACAAAUGCUCUGUCCUUAUUUUCCUGUGUUUCAGUGGGGUCUUUGUGAUCUAGUAACCAUUAUGGCUCAUCUACCAAAACAUGAACUUUAAUAAAACUGCUUCUUGAACUA